GAGUAUCAAAACAAAAGUCGGUCGACGAAGAAGACCGAGCCUUUUUGCCGGAGCUUGCCUUGCCGUUGCACCUUGAAGUUUUCGUGUCAAUGUUUAUAUUUAUUGUUCUUAAUUGGUCUCAUUGGAGUUAAACCUUGUACUACCCGUUUGAAGAGUAUUUAUUUGGUCCGUUUCGUCGUGCGAAAUGGAUAAAAAACACAAAAUGAAUGAGGGUGACUGGAUCUGCUCAGAUGCGUCGUGCGGUAACCUGAACUUUGCUCGGCGGACCUCUUGCAAUAGAUGCAACAGAGAUCGAGAGGAGUCACCACAACAGAAAAAGAAACUUUGUACAGAAAUUGGCAAAGUAGCAGCUGAGAAAAGCAAAGGGCUCUUCAGUGCUGAUGAUUGGCAAUGCAACAAGUGCGGAAAUGUCAACUGGGCAAGACGUAGCACCUGCAACAUGUGCAAUGCUCCAAAGUUUGGUGAAAUUGAGGAACGCACAGGUUAUGGAGGUGGAUACAAUGAAAGAGGUGUCGUAGAGUACAUCAAAAGAGAGGAAUCCGACGACGAAUAUGAUGAGUUUGGUCGUCGUAAAAAAAAGAAAGAAAGUAAUGGGCGUUCUAAAUCAGUGAAGAAAGAAAGUGCUCCACGAAAGAAACCUUCUAAAGAUGAAGAGGAAGGGGAGGAAGAUGAAGAUGAAGAGGAGGAUGAUGGUGAUCUUUCCAAGUAUGAUUUGAGUGAUUGGGGAGUUCCUGGUUCAAGUAAAGAUGAGGAUAAAAAAGAAACUGGGGAUAAAAACAAAACUGCCAAGUUAUCAGGCAAGGAUAAACAGCCUAAGAGGUCAAGUUCACGAUCCUCAAAAUCAAAAUCCAGAUCAAGGUCACGCUCACGCUCAAGGUCCAGGUCUACUUCUCGAUCUUACAAUCGCUCCAGAGGUCGAUCAAGAGACGGCCCUUCAGAUUCACGUAGACGUUCCCGCUCUCGUUCUCGUUCACGGAACCGCUCGAGAGACUACUCUUCAAAGAAGUCUCACCAGUCAAGAUCUCACUCAUCACAUAGCAGCUCUGGUUCUCAUUCACCAUCAAGAGUGAAGUAUGGUUCUAGCAGUCGUAAAUAGAGCUCUCUUAAUGCAAAAUUGGCAUCUAGCUGAUAAAUAUAUAGUUGCCAAGUACAAUUCAAACAACCACAAUAUGAAGAGAAUUCGUUUCCGUAGUCAUGUUUUAUAGAAAGUUUCCCAUGGUUUUUAAAACUAGCAAACUUUGGAUAUUUCUCUUUGUGUUUUCUUUUUACGACUUUUAUACUUUUUUUGGAUGAAUUUGCGCAACAGGAGCAACCCAACAGGCCUCUUAAAUGUAACUUAGUAAGAGACUGUUGUGUAAGUGUGCUGUGCAUAGUUGUAAAUCUACCUAUUAUAGCAGUUCUUAUAUCUUUUAGGAGAGGAAGAACAUUUAUGUACAAAAGACCUUUCACAAAUGGGCGACAAUAGAAAGGCUCUGCUCAAUAUUCCUUUGUAUCAUGUCACUUAAUGCUCAAUCUAAUGAGCGCACCCAAUUUCAAUAUUUUCAGCUGUUUCAAUUUGAAAUUCACAGUUGUACACAAUGGGCUUUGUUUACAUAACUGUGUCCUAUAUUACUCCGGAUCUUUUUAAUAAUUUUUUUUAUUUUUUGGUGAUAAGUUUCAAUAAGUGUGGAGACAAUAAGACUCAUGAGUAUUCUUACCUCCCUUAUAGAGACCAAGUCUGUCCAUCUGGUGUUAAGUGGAUUACCAAAUUACAAUAUAAACUUAGUAGACUUGUAAUAGUAUGUAAUGUUUAAACUGUAGCAAUAACAACAUUUUAAAAAUGAAUGUUAAGGCUGAAAGACAUCUUUUCUUUAGCUUUUUUUCCAAAUGUACUUCUGGUUUAGUAAUGCUGAUGUCUAGGAAUAUGAAACUAGGUGUUGCGAAGAAUGCUUUUUUUUUCUUUCACAUCAUCAUUUCAUUUUUAUACCUCCAAAUAAUUGCAAGAAACAUACACCUUAAAAUUAAAAAAAAUAAUCAUCUGAAUAUGGACAUGGUUUUAUGGAACUCACAAUUCAAUUUGUAUCGUAAUGAAUGAAUUGUAAUUUGCUGAGCCAAAUUAUGUGCUCUUGAGUCCCAAAUGUAGGCACGGACUACAACCACAAAUAGCAUAUACCUGUCCGGCGCACUCCAAAUACGUUCUGAUACCUCCUGAUGCCACCCGGCGUGUACCUUAUGGUUGACCAUGCUCUACUUUGUUGAAUCAGUGUUUGAAUCAGAAAUCUGUCUUUUAGUCAUUUCUUACAAGUUGAUAGGUGUGCAAACAAUUCAUUCCUCCUCUGUUUCAGGAGCUUGAUAGAACUUACUUUCUCUCCAUUACUUGUGCUACGUUUGGUCUGUAAAGCAGUGUUUUAAAAAAUUAGUCUUCUGAGCUGUUAGUAUUUGUAUUGCAUGUGUAUAUAUGGCAUGAAAAAGACUCAUACAUUGAGUGUACUGUCCAUAAAUUUUGACAGCUGCAAAGCACUGCAAAGUUUAGGCAACUACUGAAAAGUAAUCAUAAUUUUUAAAAGAUGUCAGCAUAGUAAACUGAUUUGCUCCACACAGAGACCCUCUAUGACUUUGCAACUACCUGUAUUAAAAUUGAUCAUAUACAUUUCUAACGUAGCUUCUGUUCGGUAACAUUUUUGCUAUGAUAUGCAGCUGGUUAAAAAUGAAAUAACGCCCCUUUGAUUUUUAGCUUUCAAUGUUUUGUUGAAGUUAAGGUAAAACUCAAAGUGUUUUGAUCAUAUUUGUGAAAUGUUCUCCUAUUUUCAUUAUUGAAUGACAUAGUGUAUCCUACGCAGAAAUUCACAUUAAAACAAUAUUAAAAGUCAUGAAAAUGGUAGUUUUUA